GGCGUCAGUGUGGAGUAUCUGGGUUUUUCUUCUUCUCUGGUGAUUUGUCGUGUGUGCUCAACCUUGAUGGAGUUACCGUACACGUGAAAUCAAAUGUCUGAUCCGCGUGUUUGAUAUCGUCACAGCACAGAUGGCGAGGUAUCUGGCUCAGAUUAUUGUGAUGGGGGCUCAGGUGGUCGGGCGAGCUUUCGCACGAGCUCUGCGUCAAGAAUUUGCAGCGAGUCAGGCGGCUGCUCAGGCCAGAGGUCAAGCAGGCAGACAUUCUGCGGCUGCGUCCAGCUUCACGGGUAUGACGGUACAAGAAGCCCAACAGAUACUGAACAUCUCCACAUUAACACCGGAGGAGAUACAGAAGAAUUAUGAGCAUCUGUUUAAAGCCAAUGAUAAAGCUGUGGGCGGCUCACUCUAUCUUCAGUCUAAGGUGGUGAGAGCUAAAGAGCGUCUGGAUGAAGAACUGUCCAUUCAACAACAACACCAAUCAAAACCAUCAGACCAAGAGCAGCAAACAUAACCCCCCGACCAACAAACAUAGGCCUCACCAACCUCCCCCCAACUGUAAUUAUGACCCAGAACCUCAAUAAAGUGUUUUCUUUUUGUACAUUAGAA